GCUUGGAACACGGCGAAGUGCGGAGACCGUGCAUUGGUUGGUCGUUGCUAGGUGUUUUCCACCAAUAGUAAGGCGGCUUGUUGCUGCUGCUGAAAGAUGGCGGACCGGUUGACUCAACUGCAAGAUGCAGUUAAUUCGCUGGCCGACCAGUUCUGCAAUGCCAUCGGAGUCUUGCAGCAGUGCGCUCCACCAGCAUCAUUUACAAACAUUCAGACAGCCAUAAACAAAGAUCAGCCGUCUAAUCCCACAGAAGAAUAUGCACAGCUUUUUGCUGCACUGAUAGCAAGGACUGCUAAAGAUAUUGAUGUGUUAGUGGACUCGCUGCCAAGUGAAGAAUCAACAGCAGCGUUGCAGGCUGCAAGCCUACGCCAGCUGGAGGAGGAGAACCACGCAGCAGCAGCUCGACUGGAGGAGGUUGUAUUCCGAGGGGACUUGCUGCUGGAGAAGAUUCAGUGUGCAUUAGCCGACAUUGCCCAGUCACAGCUCAGCACAAGGAGCAGUGGUUACACCCAGCGUGCCCCCGAAUCUUAGCACAGGGACAGGCUCCCUGCUCAGACUGGCAAGCCAAAAUAGAACCACCGCAUUUUGUUUCAGUGUGGAAUGGUGGCAGAUGGUGCAAGAGGAAGAGAUAUGGUGAAAUAGUAAGACUGAAAUUGUUGCCUUUUUUACAAUGGACUUGUAAAAUCUUUGCAAAGACAAAUUAAUUUUGUUUACACUGUACUGCUGCUGCAAAGCAUCAAAUUUCACAUCAUGCAUUACAGUGAUUGAUAAUAAACCUGUUUAUCAGCAAGAAUCUCAAACUAUGUGGAAGUUAGCUCACAAAGUAAUUAUAGUAUAUAUUAUAUAAUAUUGUACAAUAAUAUUACACUAAUAUACUAUACUAUACUCUCCUGGCUUAGCUACUAAGCCUUACAAAACUGUUUCUGUUGACACAAGAAUGGGCAAAGGUGGGUUACCAGCAUCUUAAAACCAUUCGCUUUGGGCAGAUGGGGCUCAUUGGCUGUGGUUGGCAGCUCAUCUAGGAGAAGGAAAACUGAUCUUAAACCUCUGCUGCCUUGUGGAUGUACCCACUCAUGGGGAAGGCUUUGGGAGUAAACCCCAAGGGAAAAAUCUGAAGCUGGAGUCCCUAAGGCAAUACUACAUUGAGUUCAAUGCUGACUGGAAACUCCAGUGACACCACUGGUACAAAACUGUACCAGUCUCUGCGGUUCGUUUGGGCUCAUCAGCUGCAUGGAGAGGGGUAGCCUGCUACAUAGGCAACAGCUUGCACUUCACAUCAUACUACCUUGGCUUUGCGUAUGUAGACAGGUAGGACGCAACAUCCAUGGUCGAGCCUGACCCACAGAGGUCUCAGAAUAUUAGACUAAUAGUAUAUUAUUGGUGUCAUAACCUCCAGCUUCUGCCCAUAAUGCUUCAUUUACUGCCCCAACCUCUAAUUCCCCCUCAUCCUUGCCCCUGAACCCUAAUGUAACCCCUACAUCCUCGCACUGUCCCAAAACCCAUCCCAACAAACCUUAAAAAACAGCCCUGACCUUGACAGACAUCGCAGCUCGGAGCCAUUCAGACAGGAAGUCAUUAUUAAAUAAUUGUUAAUUAAUUAUGUCAUCUUGGAUGCCAUCAUGAAAGGAAGUCGAUGCUAAAUCUAUUGUGAGUAUUCACAUUAAAUUAAACCUGGCUGGCAGUUCUGUUUAGUUUGCGAAGAUGUGAUUUAAUUUAAGAUUCAAGAUUGUUUAAUGUCAUUUCCAGCACAGAAGUGUAAAGGAGAAUGAAAUAACUGUUCCUCUAGAUCCAAUGCAGCACCAAAAACACAAUGAGAUAAAUAACACAAUAAAUAGAAAAUGUAAGAUGGCUUAUAAUCAUUGAUUGUAUGCCCGUAAAGUGGAGCUAGGUACAGAAAUGUCUGUCCAUAAGGUGACUGUACAUUAGUUUCCCAGAUCACAGCUACAAAGCUAGCUACAUGUAGGCCAGAGAGGUUCUGUAAACAGCAGACAGAAUUAUUGGAAUAGGAAAUCUUUUGAAUUGGUGUAUUUAAUAGGCUCUUGAUUAGUAAGAGCAUCAAAGGUUACGGGGAGGAGUGUUUAAUGGCCUGUACUUGCUGAAGUUUAGAAGAAUGAGGGGAAAUUUCAUUGAAACCUACUGAAUAUCAAAAGGCCUAGAUAAAUGGGGAGAGGAUGUUUCUUAUAGGGAGGGUACAGCUUCAGAAUAGAGAGAUGUCCAUUUGGAAUGGAAAUGAGGAGGAAUUUCUUAAUCAGAAGGUGGUGAAUCUAUGGAAUUCAUUGCCACAGACAGCUGUGGAGGUCAAGUCAUUGAGUAUAUUUAAAGCAGAGAUUGAUAGAUUCUUGAAUAGUCAGGGCGUGAAGGGAUAGGGGGAGAAAGGAGAAUGGGGUUAUAGAAUAUAGAACCAUAGAAAACCUACAGCACAACACAGGCCCUUCGGCCCACAAUGCUGUGCCGAACAUGUACUUACUUUAGAAAUUACCUAGGGUUACACAUGGCCCUCUAUUUUUCUAAGCUCCAUACAAAAGUUCGGGCACACCUGGUCAAAAUUUCUGUAACUGUGAAUAACUAAGCGAGUAAAAGAU